GCGACUGGGGACCCUCACCUCGCCAACGUGCUCGGGCAGAGGUUCGACCUCCGCAAGGAGGGAUGGCACACGUUGUUGCGGGUUCCCAGGGGUGCCAAGCGCGGGGCCGCCUUGCUGAGCGUCGAUGCGGAGGCGCGGCAGAUGGGCGCGGCGUGCGCUGACAUGUACUUCCAGUCGGUGAACCUGACGGGAAGAUGGGUCGGCUCCCAGGGCCGCGCCUUCAGCGCCGGCCAUGUCGCUGAGAAGGAGUCCCGGCGUUGGCUGCGAUACGGCCAGGUGGAGCUGAAAGUGGUCCAGGGCCACACUAAGAGUGGCAUCGUCUACCUGAACUUUUUCGUCCGCAACCUGAAAUUUGCAGGCUACCCUGUGGGCGGGAUUCUGGGAUUGGACGACCACACGGCCGCAGCUGAGCCCAGUCUGAAGUGCCAUAAAAUAAUCAGUUUGCUCUCGAUUGACGGGCUUGUGCAGACGAUGGCCGAAACCGUUGCUGCAUCGGGGGCGCCUGACAAGGUGAAGGCAGACUCUGCCAAAGCCUGGGCCGCCUACAAGUCGACAUACGAGGACGUUGGCCCCGCUGAAGAUGGGGCUUCCGCGCCCGGGGAGUGGAAGGCGGACAAGAAACAGGAACUGCAUGUAGAGAAGAGCUCUUCGACCCUGGAGCGCUCCCUCCACAGCAAGCUUGACGGCAGGGUACACUUUCAUUGGAAGGUGAACUUAAAAUAUGCACUCGACAACAGGACCCGCGCCGUUUUCGGCUUUCGCGGAGUGCUGCCGGACGUGCAGGCGACGUCGGUGCCCGCCGCGGCGCCGGGCCUGCAGCUGACGAAAAGAGCCCGGGGCGCAAACUUCAAGGAAACCACCGACAGGGGCCACUUCUACGCCUGGGCCCCGAAAGCCGGCACCCUUUAUUCGGGCACCAACUACCGGCCUUUUCAGGAGUACCGGGUGCAAGGGGAGUGGCUUGACGACCUGUGGCAUGACGGGAAGUUGCCGCACCAGGAGUACAAGGCGCUGGCCUUGCGAGUCCGGCUCGGUUACUCUGCCAGGAAGCGCGAGGUCGAACAGGUGAUGGAGGACGAGCGGGAGAGUCGGGUGGACAAGCGGGUCGCGCAGGUGGGCGCGGAGCUCCAGAAGCUGAAGGACAGCUUCUUGCAGCUGGAGUUCAGAUGGAAAAUCCUCGUUCUGUGGGCGGACAGCGCGUCCGGGAAAUCCACGUUCGCGGAGGACUUGUUCGAGCAGCCUUACACAGUCACGGUAGAAGAGGCAGAUCACUUGGACCUGCGAGGGUUCGAUUGGGAGAAGCACGAUGGAAUCGUGCUGGACAGCGUGAACAGUUUCGCCCAGCUCAGGAGGUGGCGCGCCGUGCUGCAAGGGCGGAAUGCGAAGAGCAAGGGCGGGCAGUCGGCGACGGGCAUGUACUCGUACACCCAGUACUUGUUCUCCACGGCCAUCGCCGCCACGGUCGACCUCGACGCGCCCGACGGCGCCCUGAUGGACCCAGGGAACCCAGGCCAUUCCAAAUGGCUUGUGAAAAACACAGUGGUCGUGCGGCUACCGAGAGGCGAGGCGUACUUCGACGCCAGCCGGCUGCCCCGGAACCGCAAGCUCCCGAACCCGUUCUCACCGAUGCCGGUGGUCUCGGAGAUGGUUCACCCGGGCUCGAUGGAUUUCGCCAACCAGAAGAAGUGCGUCAUGCUCCGUGACACCCAGGGGCUUCCAUGGUCCGAGAUUGCUGCGUUGUGCCAUGCGUUGAGGGGCAAGAGCGUUCGCCCGUCGCAGAGGCAGUGCCGGCGCGUGUACGGGGAGUUCUGGAAGUCUGCUGGCCGCAGGAAGUACCAGUAUGCGAAGUGCGGCAGGAAGACGUGGAAAGUCACCCCCGAGGUCAAGAAGUUCCUCGUGAGCAAGACGCUGGCUCUUCGGACGAAGCUCAUUUGCACUUCCACCACUCUGCAGCGGGAGCUGUUCAAAGAGAAGAACGUGAACCUUGAGGCGUCCACCAUUCGGAGGGCACUGCAGAGCAAAGGUUACCAUUGGCUGCCGCGAUGCCAGAAGCCGAAGUACAGCACGGAAGAUAAGGAGUUGCGCCUGGCGUUCGCGGAGCAGGUCCUGGCGAUGACCAAGAGGGAGUACGCUGCCCGCGUGACCAUGGCCAUGGACGGCGUCGCGUUGACCCUGCCCCCGGACGACCCCACCGAGAGGGGGAACUACUGCCACGUCGGCGAGAAGCACAUCUGGCGGAAGGCGAACGAGGCGACGAAGCCAGAGCUCACGGGCGGUGGCAUGUACAACAAGCAGGUGCCGUACAGCAGGGCUGUCCCCAUGUGGGGCGGCAUCGGGCCAGGGGGGUUCGGUUUGGUGAUGCACCACAAGUGGAAGAAGGUGGACCAGCACGAAUGGUCGCGGGCCGUGGCGAAGGGGAAGCUGGUCGCGGCGUGCAAGGCCGCGCGCCCGGACCGCAAUGGACCUCGCCGACUUGAAGGCCGGCCGCCAGCCCGUGAAGAAGGCGGGCCUGAAGGCGCGGCGCGCGUCCUGCUCCAAUCGCGCAAGGCGAAGGAGGUAGCGAAGAACCACUUCAUGUCGUUGCACAAAACGUGCGCGGAGGUGAAGAAGAAGCGCGGCGCGGCUUCCACGCGCGGGAUCAAAAGAAAAAAGCAGAUCGAAAUGAAGGCUUUGAAGGAUCGCCUCGCCAAGAUGGGCGACGACGAGAGGAAGGCCUGGCACAUUGAACAGAAGAGCAAGGCAUUGGCGAGUGGCCGCCACAAGAAGCGCGACUGGGCAGAGUGCAAGAAGCCAGGCGCGAUCGCCCUGGAGCGGCGUGGCCAGAUCUUGCUCGGCAAGUUCGUGGGCGCCCAGGUGAACAAGAUCAACGCGGACUCGAUGGGCACGAGCGUCACCCAGUCGAAGGGGAUUCAGAGCCUCGCGUACCUGCAGACUUUUCAGGCCGACGCGGCGUCCUCGCACCAGCGUUUCAACCGCCAUUUGGCCACGAGCCACCAAGACCGCGAGAUUCGGGGCUCGCGCAUUUCACACGCCGAGGUGGAGCAUUGCUUGUCGAUGGACAACGUGAAGGCGCAGGACGUGAUGAAUAAUGCGAUCUUGAGGGAGAUCGAGGAGAAGAAGGCCGCGCAGGAGGGGCAGGAGGACUACCUCGCCGACGAGGCCGCCGCUGCAAAGCUGCAAGCUGACGCGCGGAAGAGGCGAGCCGAGGGCAAGAAGAGCCGGGCCUCCCUCAGCUCGGACCUCGAAAUCGAUACCUACAAGACCCAGCUGAAGGCCGCCGAGACCGAGUUCCAGGCGAGCCGCCUCGACUGGUCCAAGGACACCAAGACGAUCGAGACUGCCGCCACGCAGUUGGCCGCAGACUCUGGCAACGAGUCGCUCCAGACGGGUGUUAAGGAGAAGAUCGCAGCUUGCGAGGCCAAACUUGGCCUCGUCAAACUCUACCACGCGGAGGUGAUCCAGCACUUCGCCGACUUGCUGAAAAAGGAAGGCUUGACUGCGGAGAGCUGCAUGGAGAAUGGGAAGGGCCUGAAGGAGGCGGUGAAGGCCGCCUGCAAGAAGCAACAGAUCAAGGACGUGAAGGAGAAGAUCCACGAGCUGAACAAGUACAAGAACGAGAUCGCCAAGAGGGCCGCGCAGGGCGCGAGGGCGCAGGCGAAGCAGAGCGCUCUCAACAAUGAGCUUGUGAACGCAGGUGGAGAUGAUUUCGGUGUCGGCUGCGACCUGUACACCGCCGUGCGUUCUCUCAAGGAUGAGGUUUUCGGUGCGAAUUUGAAGUGGAACUUGAACGACGCCUUCGAGUCGGAGAGGCCGCCAGCAGUUUUGAUUUCGGCCGAGCGCCUGAAGGGCGUUCGCAAGGAUAUCUGCGCGCUGGACUAUUACGAGGCGCAGAAGACGUGGGUGCAAGCCUCUACGAAGAAGGCCAAGCAGACGCACGCCGAUGCCAUCAUCGCGAAGGCGUCGGUCUGCACGACGGUCACAGGCCUGCUCAAGAAGGUAGCGCCGGGGGCCGAGCCUAUCACGCCGUCGACGGGGGACCCGAAAGUCGACGAGCUCUUCAGGAUGAGGCGAUCAUCGGCGUGGACUUGGACUGACACCCUCGAGCAGAAGGAGAAGCACUUCUUCGACAUGGGCGUGGGCGCCCUUGAGAAAUCGAUCCUCGAUCAUGGCUUCGCCUACAAGGGCGUGUCCGGGUCGUUGUGCAUGACCCCGCCGAGGUUCGCCGUGCUGGUGAGCUCUGGCGCGUCGGGCAGCCACGGGCUCCAGUGGUCGAUGCUCGGAGGCGAGCCGAACGCGAAAGUCACCGCGAGGCGCCCGACCGAUCUCGCCAGUCAGGGCCCCCAGGUCUCGGGCCAAGGUCCGGUCCAGAAGAAGCUGAUAACCUACGCGAGCUUGAAGGCGGCGCGAGGGCUGCCCAGCGGGGGCUGGCUGCAGGCGUGCCUCGUCGUGCCACUCAUGGGUUUCUCUUGGGCGCCCCACAUGUGCCAGCUGGCCCUGAGGACGGCCGUGGCGCGCGCAGGGGUGCCUGCCCAGCCCAUCAUCGAGGACGGGCUCCCGGGCGUCGUCUUGGGGCUUGAAGCUGAGCCCGCCGCCGCCGGGUACGUCGACAACUAUCUGCCGGUCGGUGCGGACGAGGGGCGCGUCGACCAGGCCCUGGACCGCAUCGCUGGAGCACUGGGGGCUGCUGGCCUGCGCGUCCACGCGCCUGAGCGGGCUGCGGAGUCCUGCAGUUUCUUGGGCAUGGAGCUGCGGCGCGGUCGCUGGCUCGCCGUCAAGGGGCGGUCCGUCUGGCGGCUCAGGUUCGCCAUCGAGGAGCUGCUGCGGCGCGGGCGCGCAUCGGGCCACCUGGUGCGCGUCGUGGUCGGCCACCUGACCUGGGCCUCGAUGGCGAGGCGCGAGGCGCUCGGGAUUCUCAGCGCCACCUACGCCUUCACGGCAGCCGCGGGCGCGGAGGUGCAGUCGCUGCGGCCCGCGGUCCGCGCGGAGCUGUGGCGCGCCCUCUGUCUGCUGCCGUUGCUGGUCGCCGACCUGGCGGCGCCUUGGGCAUCGCGGCCGGUGGCCAGCGACGCGAGUGAAGAGGGUCUCGGGGUGCGCCGCCGGCAGGCUCCGAGUGACCUCAUCGCCCGCUGCGGGCGUCAGCGCGAGCGGCGGCGAUGCAAAGUCGAGGGCACGCUGGACGACGCCCCGCACUUCAGCGUGGCCACGAAGGAGCCCUUGGAGAUCUCCCAGAGCCCGACGAGCCCCGUGGAGGACCCCUUCCAUGACCUCGGCACGUUCGGCGUCUCGGAGGAACCGCUGAUUUUGGGCUUGGGCAAGAGGCCGCCCCGCAUGCUGGCGCGGCGGCGGCUGGCGGCCGGGCAGCCGCGGGACUUGUGGAGGCCCGCGCGGCGCCCGGCGCUGGCGGCAUCGGAGGCGCGGGAGCGCUGCGCGGCCCUCGCCAGGCGCCUGCUGGCCGAGCGGCCGCCCCUGGGGCAGCGCAGCGCGCUGGAGACCAUGGCGGCGCGCCCCAACACGGAGUCGCAGUGCCGCAGGGUGCUGGAGGAGUUCGUGGCGCUCUGCUCGCGAAGCUUCAUGCCGGCUGCGCAGCAGCCUUCAGCCUUGCACCUCGACAAGGCCGAACCUCCCGCGGCGAUCGCCACUUACGUAAAUGCCACCUGGGAGAAGCAGGCGGCGCAGUCGACUCUGACAGUGGAAUACCUGAUUGUCGGCGGCGGCGGUGGCGGCGCUUCUGGGGGCGGCGGCGCCGGCGGUGUGCUCCGAGGGACGGGCUUGGUCAUAUUUGGCAGCGCAGUCAUCACGGUUGGCGCUGGCGGUAGCGGAGCGGAUGGGUGCGGGGGGGCAUGGGUAUGGGGCUUCUGCGGAGGCAACGAGCGGAGGUUCUUCUUCGAUCGGCUCUCUGAGGGCAUAUGGCGGCGGUCGGGGUGCGGGGGGCAGUUCCAGGACUGCGUACAGCGGGGGCUCAG